UCCUCAAGUCCCCCCGUCAGUCUGCAGCAUGGCCCCGCGGUUCCUGUCCCUGCUGGCAGCCCUGACCCUGGCUGGGGUCCCGGAGGCCUUCACUGAUGCUCUGGAAAGGGACAGCUCAGAGGACCGGGCCUUCAGCGUGCGCAUCGCCGGCGCCCCGCCGCUGCAGGGCGUGCUGGGCGGUACCCUCACCAUCCCCUGCCACGUCCACUACUCGCGGCCGCCAUCCGGCCGCCGGGCGGUGCUGGGCUCCCCGCGGGUCAAGUGGACCUUCCUGUCCGGGGGCCGGGAGCCCGAGGUGCUGGUGGCGCGGGGGCUGCGGGUCAAGGUGAGCGAGGCCUACCGGUUCCGCGUGGGGCUGCCCGCCUACCCGGCGUCCCUUACCGACGUCUCCCUGGCGCUGGGUGAGCUGAGGCCCAACGACUCCGGCAUCUACCGCUGCGAGGUCCAGCGCAUAGACGACAGCAGCGAUGCUUUGGAGUUCAAGGUCAAAGGGGUCGUCUUUCUCUACCGGGAGGGCUCUGCCCGCUAUGCCUUCUCCUUCACUGGGGCCCAGGAGGCCUGUGCCCGCAUCGGCGCCCGCAUCGCCACCCCAGAGCAGCUCUAUGCGGCCUAUCUUGGGGGCUAUGAGCAGUGUGAUGCUGGCUGGCUGUCCGACCAGACUGUGAGGUACCCAUCCCAGACUCCGAGAGAGGCCUGUUAUGGAGACAUGGAUGGCUUCCCUGGUGUCCCGAAACUAUGGGCGUGGUGGACCCCGAGUGACCUCUAUGAUGUCUACUGCUAUGCUGAAGACCUCAAUGGUGAUUGGGGAUGCGGGGCUCCCAAGGGACAAGCCCCUUCUUUAGUGUUGCCCAUGGGGCCUCCUGGGGCCUCUGCUGGACCUUAUUAUGCAGCCUGGGAUGGUGGCUUGGACCGCUGCAGCCCAGGCUGGCUGGCCGAUGGCAGCGUGCGCUACCCCAUCAUCACACCCAGCCAGCGCUGUGGUGGGGGUCUGCCCGGUGUCAAGACUCUCUUCCUCUUCCCCAACCAGACUGGCUUCCCUAACAAGCACAGCCGCUUCAACGUCUAUUGCUUCAGAGAUCCCAGUGGCUGUGGGGACUCUCCUCCACUUUCAAGUAGCCCACCUCCACUACGGACUCAGGCAGCAGAGCUGUGCUUCCGUGCCCCCCCCCACCUCACUUUUCUCCCCCUCUCAGGUAACUGUGUCCCCAGCCCUUGCCACAAUGGUGGGACAUGCUUGGAGGAGGAGGAGGGGGUCCGAUGCCUGUGUUUGCCUGGCUAUGGGGGGGACCUGUGCGACGUUGGCCUCCGUUUCUGCAGCCCGGGCUGGGACGCCUUCCAGGGCGCCUGCUACAAGCACUUUUCUACACGGAGGAGCUGGGAGGAGGCGGAGACGCACUGUCGGAUGUACGGCGCGCACCUGGCCAGCAUCAGCACCCCCGAGGAGCAGCGCUUCAUCAACGAUCGAUACCGGGAGUACCAGUGGAUUGGGCUCAAUGACAGGACGAUCGAAGGCGAUUUCCUGUGGUCAGAUGGCGUCCCCCUGCUCUAUGAGAACUGGAACCCCGGGCAGCCCGACAGCUACUUCCUGUCCGGAGAGAACUGCGUUGUCAUGGUGUGGCAUGAUCAGGGACAAUGGAGUGACGUGCCUUGCAACUACCACCUGUCCUACACCUGCAAGAUGGGGCUGGUGUCCUGUGGGUCCCCACCAGAGCUGCCCCUGGCUCAACUGUUUGGCCGCCCGAGGCUGCGCUAUGAGGUGGACACGGUGCUUCGUUACCGGUGCCUGGAGGUGGCCCAGCGCAACCAGCCAUUGAUUCGCUGCCAGGAGAAUGGUCGCUGGGAGGCCCCGCAGAUCUCCUGUGUGCCCCGCAGGCCUUCUCGAGCUCUGCGCCCCAGGAUGGCCCUAGAAGGACGUCAGCAGAGGCUACUGGGGCGCUGGACCCCUCCUUCCAAUCCUGUUCCAGCUCCCUAAGAAGCAAGGCCUUGGAUA